AUGAAGGUUCUCUCAUGUCUCACAGCUUUGCUGUCGUUUGCGGCGGCCAUUAUGCCCUCUCCCUCCCACAAACCGCCCUUGGGAGGCCGCCAGAUCACCGAUCCAAAAGUUUUGGCGGAGCUUCGAGCCCAGCACGCGGACACGCUCAGCAAGAUGAAGAACGGUAAAAAGGUUUUUGUGCAUCUCGAUGAGCUCGCCAACUAUGAGCACGACCCAUUGCAGAAGCGCCAAUUUGUCAUCUUUGGCCUCGCCGGUGCGGCCAUCGUUGAAGCUGUCGGCGCCGGCGCAGACAUUAUAGGAGGGAUAAUACAAAACCUAUUGAGUGUCUUUUUGACAGAAGACCACACCAUCUGGCACAGCAAGGACCACUGCCGCACAUAUUUCCAGACACAUAGCGGCAGCGAGGGAAACUUCCAGACCUGGGCGCGUGGUUCCGAGGACGCCGAUACCAAUGUUAACAUGAACAUAGCUUGGAUUAACCCACAGACCACCGACCCGCCCGUCUACUUCUUCGAAAACGACUUUCUCGGCAGAUACAGUGUCCAGUUUACUGCAACAGAUCAGGUCGCCUGGGGCGGCAUUCAGGGUACUGAAAAGUGCUACAUUGAGGGCAUAUGUAACCCUCAGUACGUCUUCUACCACAAUGGAUAUAACAUCGUCCUCAAUACAUGGCAGUCUCAGGGAGAUGUUAGCGCGUGCCAGUAUUCACAUGGCGAGGACUGCAAAGGCCUGUGUGACUCCGGUGUCAAGGACCAGUUCUCGAAGAACGGUGUCGUCUGGGGCGGGGACUGUGCCAUCCCCUGCAAGGAGGACGGCGGCGAUGGCUACACUGUCCAACCACCCCCACCAAACCCAAGUGCCACGGUGAUGGUGGUAGGAGAUUCGAUCUCGCAUGGGAUGGAGGCCGACUGGACCUGGCGUUGGCGUAUCUUUGCCUGGUUGCAGGAUAAUCUGGGCUACAAGGUCACCUUCGUCGGACCGUGGGCCGGCACACAUGGACCGACUGUGCCCCAAGCCGCCCUGCCGCAGCCACCUCUCCUACCGGGAGAGUCUGCACCAGUAAUUAAUGAAGUCAUCGGCCUUUACGCUGAUGGUGUGCCAGACUUCUUCGCCUCUUCCCACCACGCUUCGUGGUGGGGCCGGCAGGUGGCGCAGUCCAAGGAGACCAUCAAAGCCUGGGUCGAGACGUACCAGCCAGAUUACCUUCUCAUCCUGCUCGGGUUCAACGACCUGGGUUGGUUUGUUAGCGGCCCUGAAGACCUGGUCGGCAAUAUGGGGCAACUAGUAGAGAACGCGCGUGAGGGCAAGUCAGACGUUAAGAUCCUCCUGGGCAACGUCGUGCACCGCAAAUUCAUCAAUGGCCGGCAAGAUCUUGUUGACAAUACAAACACGUACAACCAGCUGCUGCGCGACAAGUACCCAAGCUGGUUCCGAUGGGAGUCCCCCAUUGCCUACGUCGACGUCAACGCUAACUAUAACUGCCACCCUCAGGGUUGUCCUGACGGCUAUGAUGGACUGCAUCCUAAUUCGAUGGGCGAGUAUCAUAUCGCACAGGCUUUUGCUCGCAGCCUCAAGGCCGACUUUGGAUUUCAAGGUCCGGACUUUGUGGUUCCGACCAACCCGGAGCCGAGGGUCAUCAGCACACCGACUGGUGUGGUAACAUUCUCGCACCCGGAGGGCUUGUACACGACCUGGAAUAGGGUCCCAACUGCCCGAGGCUAUGAUAUACGCUCUCGACUCCAGGGAAUGACAGAUUGGUGGUCUGAGGGCCAAGUCUACCCCAACACUUGGGCCAGCUGGAGCACAUGGCUGAUAGACGGGCAAACAUGGGAGUUCCAGGUCCGCACCCGAGGCGACAACGAUGACGUGUCCAGCUGGUCGGAUCUCACUACGGCUACGGCUGACUUGCAGACCUCCCCGGGCCCACCGAACAUCGUGGCAGUGCCGUCGGGGGGCGACGGCAUCCAGAUCUCCUGGGGGGCCGUGACCGGGUACAGCGUCAACCGGUACGGAGUCAUCGUGUGGGACAUGGACACGGAGGGAGCUUUCAUCGAUACACGUGCCGCGACGGGGACGAGUUUCUUUGUCGGCGGGCUGAAACCCGGGCACCGCUACGGAACUUGGGUGGCUACCUACGUCAAUAUGAAGAGCAGCGUAACAGGGGAGCCCUAUGCUGCGGGAGGCUUGCCGGCGGCUGGUCCAGAGGUCAUCGUCGGCGCAGGAGCGCCCGCGCCGCCCACGAACCUGGGAGUUACCAAUGUUGACCCCACGACCGUCCAACUCAGCUGGACCGCCUCAGCCGGCGCCGCGGGAUACGCGGUCUAUGUCCGGAGCGUGCGGGACAACACCGACUUCAAACAGGACGGCAAGACAACUGCGACGACGUACGGUGUGGGGUUCCUAUUCCCUGGGACGUGGAACUUCGAGUUCUGCGUCUCGGCGUUUAAUGGGAACCUUGAGACCGCGCAUACUGCCUGCGUGAUCCCGCCUGUUUACCCCGGGUACUCAAAGAGAGACGAAGUCCAGGUCUUCGGCAAAAGCACGGUGUACAACUCUACAUACAAUUCUACGACCAUGAUAGAGGACAAGCGGCUUCCAAUGCUAUUCAAACUCCUCGCCCAGAGUGCUGACAACAGCAGCAUUCCUCACUUCUAA